UGUCUAUGUAACUUCCGGCUAAACUGGAACUAGUAUUGUGGCGACGUAAACAUUAAACGUAAACUUAAAUGUAAGGAGAAAAGAAUAAACUGAUAAUACACUUCUUCCGUCUUCCAGUAUGGCUCAAAGUAGCAGUGUCCCAGGAUUUAUUUGUAAACUUUGGGCGUUGGUGGAGGAUCCCGACACUGACGACGUUAUUUGCUGGAGCCCGAAUGGAGAUAAUGUAAAAGUUGUGGAAGAGCAAAGAUUUACAAAGGAAAUACUUCCAAGGUAUUUCAAGCAUAGCAACAUGUCAAGUUUUAUACGGCAACUAAACAUGUAUGGCUUUCGAAAGGUGAUUAAAUUGGACAGUGGUGGUAUAAGUCAUGUAACCAGUUCAACUAUUGAGUUUCACCACCCUUGCUUUAAAAGAGCAAAUCCCAGUCUGCUGGAAAAUAUAAGGCGCAAGGUAUCUUCUGUUAAAAUGGAUGACACGCAGAUCCAGCAAGAAGAUCUUCACAGAGUUGUGGUGAAUGUGCAGCAAAUGAAAGAUAAGCAGGAUAACAUGGAGGAGAAGUUAAAGAGUUUGAGCAGGGAAAACAAAGAUUUAUGGAGGGAGUUAGCUUACAUGCGACGUAAGCAUAGCCAACAGCAAAGACUUCUUAACAAGGUCAUCCAGUUCAUCAUGGACCUUGUACAUGAAAAUUGUAUCGUAGGAAUAAAAAGAAAACGGUCUUUAAUGCCAAGUAUCACUGAAGAGCCAAAGUGCAAAGUAUUUAUCCCUAGUACGAUCUUAUCAGAUGAAGCCAUCAGUUUGAUUCAACCCAAUAACAAGAGUCAAGAUAAACUUCAGUAUGGGAAUCUGAUCACUGAUAUAACAGUUUCAUCUGACAAGACAGAAAAGGUCCAGAUUAUGCCAGAGGAGUGCCCAAAUGAAAGCUUUGAUUGUGUAACCAGCCCACAAGCUCCAACAAGCAACAUUGUGUGUGACUCAGUCACUGACUCCUUUGCCAGUGAUGAGGCAGCCAGUAAAACUGAGUGCUUUAAUGUGCAGUGCAUUGAUAGGCCUGCUCCUGAAUGUAGCUCUUUAAUAGACAGAUUAGAAAUUCGUGACUUUCUCAAUUGCAUUGAUGAAAAUUUGGAAGAUUUGCAGGUUAUGCUGUCCGGAAAACAGUUUAACAUUGAUCCUGAUUUUGUCAGUGAUCUCUUUAACCCUGAUGUCCCUGCUGCAGAAACCAACAUGAUAGAAAGUACAUCAAAUGUGCUGCCUGUUAGCGAGAUUUUUGAAAACACUGAUGGCACAGGGAUCGGAAAAGAAGAUUCUGAGAGCACAGGAAAACGGGUAGUUGUCUACAAAAAUUACCCCUUGCUGACGCUGUUAGAUGAGCUCUGCACUAACUGGGAUUCAGGAAAGGCUAACCAAGUAACACCUCUAGAUACAGCCGACUGUUCUCCAUUAAUUCCUGAUUUAUCAGCUGAUAUAAACCCAGCCCUUCCUGACCUCCAACAACCGCACCCAGACCUUUUACAAAAUGUGGAUGAAUUUGGAAGCUCAUGUGAUGCAACCUCUGCUAAUGGUGAAGAUGGUCUUUCUUCAGAAGAUAUUCUGGCAUGUUCAAGUAUUCCAUUGGCCUUUUCUGAACCUGAAUCUGACUGCACACUUUGUGGUGUUUUUGAACCUCCUGAGUGACCCAAAUGAUCAUUUAUUACCAAUUCAGAAUCUUUCUUUAUUCAGCCAAUUUCCACGCUCAGACACCAUGUCUUCUCAUGCUGAAAUUGUUGGCUGCAGCCUUCUAAAAUAGGCAAUCUUGAACGCUAACUUUGAUAAAGCAACUGAUAUUUCUGAAUUAAGAAAGCAAUAAAGUUCCAGAGCAGCCGAACAAGUAGGUUUAGAAUUGAUGUUGUUCAUCAAAAAGAAUCUUUCAAUCAAAAUAAUGAAUUCAGCAAAAUAUUCAAGUGGUGCUGCACUUGUGUUAUGCUAAUGAAAAACUGUGGUGAUUGUUUGUUCAUCUUCAGGGAGCAGAAAAAGCCUCAGUUAUUGUCUAUUUCCUUCAGCAGUUUGUAUUUUGGACAUUAUUUUAUAUUGUUCAUCUAAGAUGAAAAUGUUUCCCUUACCGGUAUAAGAAUAUUUUUUGAACUUGACUCAACUGAAUUGACAUUCUUUUAUUAUCUUUCAUGAAACCAAUAUGUAUCCAUUACAAUAACAGUGUAAUAAAUAUACACAGAACA